AUGGUUCAUAAGCAUGCAUUUGAAGCAUUAGAUAGAAGUAUGAACGAUAUUUUCAAUACUCGACGCAGUGGUGACUCACAUAUUCUUUUUGGGGGUAAGGUAAUUAUUUUUGGAGGAGAUUUCAGACAGAUUCUGCCGGUUAUUCCCAACGCAGGUAGACAAGACAUCGUAAAUGCAUCAUUAAGUUCAUCUUACAUUUGGGAAAAAUGCAAAGUCCUAAGGUUAACUAGGAACAUGAGGCUAACUGCAAACAGUGAGAGUUCAAAAAUUGAACAAACAAGGGAUUUUGCAAAAUGGAUUUUGGACUUAGGAGAAGGAAAAGAUGGAAGUGAUAAUGAUGAAGAAGAAAAGGAGUACUUAAGUUCAGAUACGCUAUGUGAAUCAGAGCACCUUCAUGAUGAGUUUGAUAAAACUUUGUACUCUCCUGAUGUUUUAAACGGUCUUAAAUUAUCAGGGAUACCAAACCAUAAGAUUUUACUAAAAGUUGGUGUUCUUAUCAUGGUACUCAGGAAUAUUGAUCAGAAAUCUGGAUUAUGUAAUGGAACUAGACUGCAGGUGUUAACAUUGGGAAAUCGAGGGAUAGAAGCACAGGUUAUAUCUGGAAGCAAUAUUGGAAGUCGUACAUUCAUUCCAAGAAUGUCUUUAACACCUACAGACAAAAGGAUACCAUUCAAAUUUCAAAGGAGACAGUUUCCAAUUGCUAUCGACACAGAGUCACUGCAGCUACAUCGUAGAACCUAUGUUUACGGAAGGAUCAUUCAGACGUGUGAUUCUGAAUAA